GAUGCAAAACAUCAUCUGGAUGAUCCCUCGAAAUGGGGUUGAGCGAUUGCAUUAAGUGCAAUUACAAAAUAUGUUUACCAGCACCCAUCUGUAAUCUGUGAGACCGACUGUAUGGUACGGAGAGCGAGCGAUCAGGACAUGACGCAUAUGUUUUGGUUUGAAUGCAGCGGCCAACUUAUUCGAUUCAAUCCGAUCCGAUUUGGGUAGUGAGUCACAGUUGCACACAACAAGUGUUGUCCCCACAAUCGUGGAUCCGAAUUCGAAUUCGAAUCCAGCAACUCCGGCAGUUGCUAUCUGAGAGAUACAUUUCCGGGGGUGUGGUGGUGAUGAAAAUAAUGCAUUUAGCCGGAGAAAAAACGCAAGACAACACACCGAAGAACGAGCCAUGGGACAUGGACAUGGCUCACACAUGUGAUUUGCAUGUGCGGUUCGUCAUCGCCUUCAUGACGAUCAUCAUCACGAUCACUCGCCGUCGCCUGACAGCCACAUAUGAAUGCAAUGCAAUGAUGACGAUGGCAAUAAUGACGAUUGUGGUAGGUUUUCAUAAUGUUUGACUGCAAUUUACUAUUUACACUUCAUUUAGCGGCGACAACUUUAAGUGAAAUGUGUCCACAUGGCCUGAGUGGUUCGCUCGCUUUCCCGCAUCUGUGAGAUACUCGCCUCGGCGAUUCUCCUGCGUGAAACAAUAAGAUAUAAUAAGCAUCGCAAUUGAAUAAAGCUGCCCGCAGCUCCAACUAAUUGGAGAAUUAGCUCAAGUGUGAGGAUAGUCCAGCCAAGUGGGUUGUGUAAGGAGUGAGCCAGUGAGAGGAAAUGGGUUCACUGAGGACUACUACUAAAAGCCGAUGACACUCGACGCGGAAAGCUUUUCCCCAAAUCCCCAUUAUGUAAUGCAACUUUAGUUUCAAAGAUUCUGUAAUUGCCAGGCUUUACUAUGCAUUAAAAACAAGGUAACAUGCUACAG